AGAAACUCUAGCACCAAACUGCAAAUUUGCAAGCCAACGAUAUGAAUUGGCCUUCUUCGUUUAUUGGACGCAACUUCGCGAUACACAUAACGCGCGUGGAACCCCAGAAAUUAGGGCCGCACAACUCGGCGUCGCAUUCGCCGUCGGAGAAGAUUGAAGAUGGAUUCUAGCAGGCGUCAAAGUGGAAUUCAACAAUUGUUGGCUGCAGAGCAGGAAGCACAACACAUUGUCAAUGAGGCUAGAAAUGCUAAACUUGCCAGGCUGAAGCAGGCUAAAGAAGAGGCAGAGAAGGAGGUCGCUGCAUACCGUGCACAAAUGGAAGCUGAAUUCCAGAGGAAGCUUGCUCAGAGCAGUGGAGAUUCCGGUGCUAAUGUUAAGCGACUCGAACAAGAAACUGAUGAGAAGAUCCAGCACCUCAACUCACAAGCAGAAAAUAUUUCUCACGAUGUGGCUCAAAUGCUUCUGAAGCACGUCACCACCGUGAAGAACUAGGCAUUGAGAUCGACUGGUUUAAGUAUUUCGAACAAUAAAUCACGGGAUUUAUUGAGGCAGGAUGCUUGUUUUUACACCUGAUGUUGUGUUCCUUCUUCCCUUGAAUAAACAAAGAGGUCAUCAAACUUUGCUACAUUGAGCUAUUGGCAAGAUUAUCAUCAUAUAAAUGAAUGCAAAAGUCGUUUGUUA